CUCGAUGAAUUUCUGCACCCAGUGUUGGGGGUAGUUGGCCAGGAUGUGGUGUUACCUUGCCAGCUCUCACCCCCAUCACAGCUGCCCAGCAUGGACGUGCAGUGGAGGAAAAUUGGACGAGGAUUUAUAUUGGUGCAUGAAUACAUGAAUGAGGGUACCCGUAACCUGCCAGGGAAGGAUUACCAGAACAGGACGGAGAUGUUCCUGCAGGAGAUCAGCAGAGGGAACGUCUCCCUGAAGCUGAAACGAAUCCAAAUGUCAGAUGAUGGAAAAUACCGGUGCUUAGUGAGGAACCCAGAGUGGACCCUGGAAUCUGCCACUGACCUACAGGUGGCAGCUGUGGCUCCGGUGUUCAUUGACGUGCUGGGUCCUCAGGGCCAGGGGAUCGGACUGGCUUGUAGAUCCACAGGCUGGUCUCCCAAACCCAAACUCCAGUGGGUUGGCAAGAAUAGGCAGAACCUGACAAUGGAGUCUGUGACCAACGUGACUAAGGAGAUGGGGAACCUGUACAGUGUUGUGAGUCACGUCACUGUCACAGAAGGAGAAGACCCUGGAGACAUUGGCUGCAUCGUGCAGAAUAGUCUCGUGGAGAUGGAGCGACAAUCGGCCAUUCACCUCUCCGGUGAUGUCUUCCCCCGGGUGUCUCCCUGGUUGGCUGCAUUCUGGGCAUUGCUCGCUCUGGUUCUCAUCGCUGCUGGAGUUUGUGCAUACCAUGAAUAUACAGCAAAGCAGAUUGCCUCAAAGAAGAAAAGAUCUAGAGAGACAUUUCUAUCACAACUUGAAGCUGAGAAAGAGCCCUUGAAAACAGAGUGCCAGGACCUGCAAGAGAAACUUGCCAAGGAGAUUGCAGAGCUAGGUUUCAGGCGGGCUAGGAGCUACAUGGUUCCCAUCACUCUGGUUCAAAGUUGUAAACACGCCCAACUCAUCCUGUCUCCAGAUGGCAGAACAGUCCAGCACAAACCUGCUUUCCAAGGGCCAGCUGCCUCAUCUGAGCCCCUAGUUGCUGUGGGGAGUCAGGGGUUUGAUGAUAAGGGGGCAGGGGCUUGUCGGGGGUACUGGGAGGUGGAGGCCCUGCACAGCCUCAUGCCCCCAAGAAUGGGGAAGGGGCAGAAAAUGACACAGGGACACCAGGAACUGGAGAAACAGCCUCAGUGCCUGCAUCUCACCCUGCCCCUGGAAACAAACCAGGGGAAGAAAUCAGCAGAGGGCAUCUGUGAGAGGAAGUUUCCAAAAGCUCCUUCCCAUGAAGCUGCUCCCGAAGAGGCAACAGGGGGAUCAAACAAAGCAAGAGCAUCUGCCACUGGAAACACCCCCAAAGAGAAGGAGGGAAAGAAACACCAGAACGCCCAGGUUUGA